CCGCCGGCCGAUUUGGCGAGCUGUUUGGUCUUGUUAUCGCUCUCGCUCGUAGCCAAAUCUUGCUCGAGGCGAUCCUUGGUGGAGAACCAAGGGAUUUGGUACUUGUCCAGGACCGACUCGACAUCGACGUUGUUCUUGAUGGCUAUGUAGAAUCCACUGAUUGAGACGCCGGAGACGGAGAAAUGGACCCCCAGCGCUACUUUCCCGUACUUCUUCACGAUCUCCUUUAGCCGAGUCGCCAUCGAUACGAUACUCCCAGAAGAAACUCACACGGAUUAACACAAAACAAAGGCUUACAUACAUACCAAAUUACAUACCAAUCCGAGGAUGGAUUUCUUCAAUUCCAACAGGGAGAAGAAGUAUGGAAAAAGAGCAGGGUUGUUGAGUCACAAAAGUGAGAGCAAGAGCAAUCCUUCGAGCCCUCCUCAUCCCACCGACGGCCGAUCUUCGCCGGUUUCUUAUAUCGGCAUUAAAAGAUCGGAGUCAGAGUACGCCUUCCCAAUCUCCGAUGACCAUACCACUCACUGGAAACAACAACAACAACAGCUACGCUCUGAACGUGUCCCCAAUUCCCACCAUCGGCCUCCUGUCUACAGAUAUAGCACGCCGGAGCGCCCUAGAGAUCAGGGCAAAGAAAGAGCAGAGGGCAUUUCUUAUGAGGCUGACGCCGACGUGACCCCAAGGAGCAACGCUUCUGUGAGCCCUUUUCGAUCUGCCAGAACCCGCACGCCUGAUCGCCGUAGGAGGAGGUCUACCGACUUUAGCAGAGAGGCAGAGGCCAAUGUGAGCCCCUUUCACCCCUCCAGAAGCCGCUCUCCAGCUCCCUACAACACGCAUGACCGAGGGAGAGACUACAGUAGAGAAAGGUAUGAGGCAGAGGAGGGCCAUGUAACACCACGGAAGAGCGCUCCUUGGAGCCCAUUUCAUCCAUCCCGAAGCCCGCCACACACAAGGUUGCAGUCUCAGAGAUACUACAACGGGAAAGAUCAUUUGGAGGCAGAUGCAGAUGUGACACCGCGUAACAGCCCUCCAAUGAGUCCUGUUCAUGGAGCUACAAGCCGCUCUCCACCACCACCAUUCUACUACUCAUCCAGCGACGACGACGACGAAGACAACCAUUCCACCUACCUCUUCCCUGAGAUUGCAACUGGACAUCGUUCCAGGGGCGUCUCAGGGAGCAGCACGCCGGUGCACUACAAAUACCAGAUCACAGCGGCCGAUACCUUUUCCUACGAGCAGCAAGACAGGCAGUUCGAGCCGCCGGAGCUGCCGGACGAGUCUGAGAGCUUCACGGUGCAGGAGAUGAGGAGAAUGCGCGGACUUGAGAGCUACGAGGAGGAGGCAGGAAAUAAGGAAGCAGAGAUACAGUCGGUAGUCUCAGAGGCCUACGUGUCCGUCGCCAAUUACAAGGUGCGGCAGAGCGUCUCGGGCACGCUCCAGACGAUACUGGAGAAACACGGAGACAUCGCGGCGUCGUCGAAGCUGCAAUCGACAUCGACAAGGUCGUUUUACCUGGAGUCACUGGCGGCGGCAGUGAUGGAGCUGAGAUCGACGGCGCUGAGAGACCUGAGGAAGACGCGAGUGGCGGAGAUGGCGGCGGUGGUGAAAGACAUGGAUUCGGUGAGGAUAGACGUGUCGUGGCUGAAAACAGCCGUCAAGGAGCUGGAGGAGGCGGUGGGGUACUUGGGGAAGUACGACGCGGCGAAGAUGGAGAAGGAGGAGUGCGACAAGGGCAUGAGGGAGGGGAGAGUGGAGAUGGAGGAGCUGAGGGAGGAGCUGAGGAGGAGAGAGAAGGAGACGAAGGAGUGCAGAGAGAGGGUGACGGCGAUGGCGGGUAGGCUGGGGCAUCUGGAGAUGAAGGAAUCCAAUGUGAAGAAGAAUCUGGAGCUGUUUCAGGGCAAGGUCCUUAAAUUCGACGGCGAAGCUGUCCUUGUCGACGACGACGACCUCUAAAUAAAUCAAUCAUUUUUUAGAAUUCUUCUGAUCAUUGGAGAAAGUAGCCGUUGGAGGCUGAUUGAGAAUUUUCUUAAACGAGAAAUGAAAAAGGAAACCGACCAGUAUAGGAUAGGAUCAUGAUUCAUGAAUGGAGGAGUCUCUGUUCCAAAUGCUUUCCGUGUGAUUCUCUCUCACUUUGUUGUUGAUGUAUUAGUAUUAUUUAUACUUUGUUUAUAACAAAGCUCAUUUGAUCUGUCUCAAUAUUUCGAUUUCUUUAAAAGAGUAAAA